AUGGUCCGAAAUUUUUGAAAGUGACACAAAUUUGCAAUUAGAGUUGAAAAUGGAUUUGAAAGCAUUAUUGGAAAUGUGGAAAAUAAGCCAUUUACUGACGAAAUUUGAAAGAUCCAGCGCCAUCCAAAAAAAAAAGUUAAAUUCAGAGGGUGAGGAAGUGAUUGACAUAGGGCAGCAAAGUGUAUUUAGCACCAUACACAUUGACAUUGACAGUCCCGAAUCACCAUCAACCGGGCCAUCAACCUUGGAUUUUGAAAAUAUCCCUGAUGUGGAUCCUAGUUACUGGAGAUGCGAAGGAUCGGUUUGA